AGUGAUUCCAGCUCUAAGAUUGUCAUCACCUUUUCAAAACAAUUUAUUUUUGCUAUUGUUUAUACCGAGAUGUCCAACCAGGAGACCCAGGUUUCCAGCCUGCCGAUGCCGCCCGAGCGGUACAUCGCCAACUACACGGAGGAGAACAUCCGAAGGAACCGUGCGCCACGCCCGCCGCCGCCGCCCUCGCAGCAUGAAGUCUACAGUAUGUUUGGUAUCCAAUACAACAAUGACGAGAUGAUUCGCAGUUUGGAGUCCCAAAACAUCAAGCGACUAAUCCCCAUUCACUUUGACCGGCGCAAGGAGCUCAAGAAGCUCAACCAUUCACUGCUGGUCAACUUCUUGGACCUCAUCGACUUUCUCAUUCUGAAUCCUGACAGUCCGCGGCGCACAGAGAAGAUUGACGAUCUGAGUCUUUUGUUCGUUAAUAUGCAUCACCUGCUGAACGAGUUUCGACCCCAUCAGGCGAGAGAAACGUUGCGCGUCAUGAUGGAAAUGCAGAAGCGACAGCGCGUGGAGACUGCCACCCGAUUCCAGAAGCACUUGGAGCGUGUGCGGGAAAUUGUUAACACCGCUUUCUCAGCUCUGCCGGUUCUGGAAGAUGAUGACGAGAACGGCGGGGCAAAGAUUAAGACAGAAGUGGAUCCUCUGGAGGCAAAUGCGGCGGCCAAAAAUGAUCCCAGUUAUCAGCACGAUCGCAUGCUGUGCAAGCUGGUGGAUGCAAUCGAGUGAUUUGAAAGAAGACUGGAUGUAGGCACUCGAGUUUGUGUCAAUCAUUGUGAACGUCUUGGAAAAAGAGCUCCUCAUAUUUAUAACUGCUUUUAGUGUAAGAAAUAAAACUCAAAUUGUGUGAUGAGAA